AUGGUAUGUGUGUGCUGUCGUUGUUGUGUCUGUUGUAAAUGUGGACGUGCCGUCGUGUCUGAUGUGUCCAGUGACGAGCCGUACGAUAUCCCCGGCGCCAAACAUAUCCCAGUUCCCGUUUAUGGGAAAUCGCGUCGAAAACACGUGAAACAUACGCGAUCCUCUUCACAUGAAGUCGCCGGCUCCAGUGGUACGAACGUCAUCGAUGUAAAAUGUGGUCGUGCUGUCAGUGCGUUGUCGUUCUGGGAUGUGCCGUUGGAUGUGGAUGUGGUGCCGUUGGACACUAAACCAGUUACCGUAUCCGAUGAGAGUUUGCCGUGGAUAGACGACAACUCACAAGAUGAUGCUGAUUGUUGCAGGCAAAAACAGCGGAAACCCGGUUUUAGACCACUAAGAGGAUCCUCAGUUCCAGUAAGCGGUACGCCGCCCGAGCAUUCACCGGUAGCCAGCGAUUCGACACGACGACGACGACGAAAGCACAAGAAAAUGGAUAAGAAAAGCAGUGGCGGAGGAUUUUUCCAGCGCUGGUUCGGUGGUACAGAACGAACGACUCCGGAACGAGGACAGACAGUGUCACCACCACGGGCAAUGUCGCCAAAUCGUGACGAGAACGACUACGCGACGAUCGACCGGAUCCGAUACGGAAAGAGGGAGUGUGAGUUCAUUCUCUCAUUCAUGGGGAACUUUGUGGGAACUUGA